GUCACCGCUCAAGAAAAGGAAAUAAAGUAAAAAUGCGACCGACAACUUCUUCGACUGUUUUCUCACGCUACCCCGCCGCGCUGUCGCUGCCCUCCGCCGACCCGAGCAGCCUCGCCGUCGAGGUGAUGCUACGGUUUACGGGCGCACGCAUCUCACGGCGAGACGUUCGCCUGGGGGACCUUUCCCUCAGCAUCCAUGAACCCGACAUCGCAGAAGGGUCCUCAACGGGGCCAGCCAAAGGCGACGUGAAGGCGGAAGUCUGCAGCGGGUUGAUGUCGUGCCUGAACCGCCUCAGCAACGAGGACGGCGUGGCGCAGGUGAGCAGCACGCGGGCCGCAGAGGCGAUGUGUGCGAAGGUGCUGACGACGCAGUGCAUCUUUCCUGCCUUUCUCUUCCUGGUGCACUUCGAUCCGGUGGUGUAUCGCGCCACCAUGACGAAGAGCGUCGAGCCAAAGGUGGCGAGCUUCUGGGAGGGCCUCACGGGCAGCUACCGUGAGCACGUACUGCGCUGCAACCCGUACCUGUACACGGGGCGCGGUGUGUCGAGCGUGCCGAGCGGUCGGCUCUCGGUGGGGCACAUCGCGAAACUGAAGGAGGUCAGGGAGGACGUUGACGCCGCGUUUGUGGCGUUAGACGCGCUCUGCGCCGUGCACGGCAGCUCAGCAGACACGUUUUUUACGGGGACGGCGAAGCCGACGUGCGUGGACGCGCUCGUGUACGCCGCCGCCUCCAGCUUCUUCCACGCCGACGCCGGCGAAGCGGCCGUCUCCGUGCGGGCGCAUCAGCAGCGGUUGAUGGACGCGUGCCCGCACUUGCUGCGGUACACGGAGCGGCUGCGCCAUCUAUUCUUUGAGGCCGACAGCGGGACCUACUGCCUGAAGCCGCGCACUGACACGGAGGAGAGUGUGAACCAGGCGAUGGCCGCCGAGGCGGAGCAGCAGUAUCGGAAAGGUCGGCUGCAGACGCUAUGGUGGACGGGCCUGUUUGCGACGGCGUACUUUAUUCUCGCCAACGCCGACAUGGUGGUAGCGCUGCUGGAGCAGACGGCGGAGGAGGCGGAGGAGGAGAAAGAGGAGGUGGCGGCGGAGGCGGCGGAGGGGUCGCGCGGCACCGGAGCAGCGCCGCGAGAGCCGAGGGAGUUGUAA